AUGGCUGUUUUAAAUCCAAACAACUGGCACUGGGUCGAUAAAAACACUUUACCUUGGACUAAACAAUAUUUAAAUGAAAAGUUUAUUAAUUAUGAAAUAACUAAAAACAGUACCACAAUAAAGAUCAUACAAAUAAAUAGAAUCAAUGGAGAUUCCAAUGUUUCGCAAAGAAAGGGAAAACCUAUUUGUUAUUUUGACCUAGAUCUUGAAUUUAAAGUAAAUGUUACUAACCCAGAAAAGGAUGAAGAAGAGGAAAGUGGUACUCUACGUAUUCCUGAAUUUAUGCAUGAUGAUUCAGAGCCUUUAAUUGAUAUUAAUGGUUUUAGUCAAUCCAAUUCUCAAUUAAUCCAAACAUCUUUCAUUCCAACAUUUAAAACUACGUUAUUACAAUACCAAAAUGAUUUAUUAGAAAAACACUCAAGUGAUCUACAAGAAUAA